GAAUGGUGAGAUGAAUAUGUUUAAAGUGAUAAGGGCUAUUUUGCGGGGUAUUAAGGGGCAUUUUCCUUUGCUGCAAGUGAAUAACACAGAUGAGGAAAUUUGUAAAGAAAAGAGAUUGAUUGAGCUCAUCAUUGUGGAGGUCAAAGAGCAUGCCAAUGGCAUCCGCUCAGCACCAAGGGAAGGCCAUCCUGCUUGAUCAUGACAUGUAAAUGCUAUGAAAGAGCUCCCUCAGGCAAAGAACUAUGAAGUUGUUUAUCCAGUAAGACUUCAUCCACUACAUAAAAGAGAAGCCAAAGAACCAGAAAAACAGAAACAAUUUGAACUUGAAUUAAAGUAUCAAAUGACAGUGAAUGGAAAAAUUGCAGUGCUUUACUUGAAGAAAAACAAGAACCUUGUUGCUUCAAACUACACGGAAACAUACUAUAAACCCUCUGGAGAAGAAGUCAGCACGAGCCCACAAAUCAUGGAUAACUGUUACUAUCAAGGAUACAUCAUGAAUGAAAACGUUUCUGAUGCCAGCAUCAGCACAUGUAGGGGCCUAAGAGGCUACUUCAGUCAAGGAGACCAAAGGUAUUUCAUUGAGCCUUUGAGCUCCACACAUCAGGAUGAACAGGAGCACGCACUCUUCAAGGAUGAGCCCAGCGAUAACCAGGCUAACAGCAGCUGUGGGAUGGAGGAUGUGCUAUGGGUACAAGGAUUCCACCAGAAUGUGGUCUCACCUGCCACAAGACUGGUUGAAUUAAAUGGUCGGAAGAUUCAGGAUCAUAGCAAAUACAUAGAAUAUUAUUUGGUCCUGGAUAAUGGUGAGUUUAAAAAGUACAAUGAAGAUCUGGAUGAAAUAAGAAAGAGGGUGUUUGAGAUGGCCAAUUACAUUAACAUGCUUUACAAAAAGCUCAAUGCUCAUGUGGCCUUAGUUGGGAUGGAAAUCUGGACAGAUGAGGAUAAGAUAAAGAUAACCCCAAAUGCAUCCUCUACUCUGGAAAACUUUUCUAAAUGGAGAGGGAGUAAUCUCCUCAGAAGAAAGCACCAUGAUAUUGCUCAGUUAAUCUCCACAACAGACUUUUCUGGAGCAAUGGUGGGCCUUGCUUUCCUGUCUUCGAUGUGCUCUCCGUACCACUCCGUUGGCAUUGUUCAGGACCACAGCAGCAAUCAUCUUAGAGUUGCGGGGACGAUGGCUCAUGAGAUGGGCCACAAUCUUGGAAUGAUUCAUGACUACACUGAUUGCAAGUGCCCGUCCACAGUCUGCGUGAUGAAGAAAACGAUAAGCUUCUAUAUACCCACAGAUUUCAGUUCCUGUAGCCGCUCCAACUAUGAUAGAUUCCUUGAAGAUAAAUUAUCAAAUUGCCUCUUUAAUGUCCCACUACCUACAGAUAUCAUAUCCACCCCAUUCUGUGGGAACCAGUUGGUAGAAGUGGGAGAGGACUGUGACUGCGGGACCCCCGAGGAAUGUACCAACACUUGCUGUGAUGCUAAAACAUGUAAAAUCAAAGCAGGUUUUCAAUGUGCAUCAGGAGGAUGCUGUGAAAAAUGCCAAUUGAAAAAGGCUGGAACGGUGUGCAGAUCAGCAAGACAUGAGUGUGACCUGGCCGAAAUGUGUGAUGGGAAAUCCAGUCGCUGCCCUGAUGACAGAUUCAGGGUCAAUGGCUUCCCUUGUCAAAAUGGAAAGGGCUACUGCUUGAUGGGGGAGUGCCCUACACUGGAAGAGCAGUGCACGGACAUGUGGGGCCCAGGAACCAAGGUUGCAGAUGAAUCAUGCUACAAGAAGAAUGAAGGUGGGUCCAAGUAUGGAUACUGUCACAUGGUGAAUGACACCCACGUUCCCUGCAAAGCAAAAGACGUCAUGUGUGGGAAGCUCUUCUGUGAAGGUGGGUCAGGUGAUUUGCGCUGGAAAGGAUUUACAAUAUCUUUCCUCACAUGUAAACUGUUUGAUCCUGAAGACAAAAGUCAAGGAGUAGACAUGGUGGCCGAUGGAACCAAGUGUGGGCAUAGCAAGGUGUGCAUUAACGCAGAGUGUGUGGAUAUGGAGAGGAUCUACAAGUCAGCCAACUGUUCCUCUAAGUGCAAAGGACAUGCUGUGUGUGACCAUGAGCUCCAGUGCCGGUGCAAAGAAGGAUGGGCCCCUCCCGACUGCGAGGAUUCCUCCACAGUCUUCCACUUCUCCAUCGUGGUCGGAGUGCUGUUCCCUGUGGCGGUCAUCUUUGUGGUAGUUGCUGUGGUCCUAUGUCACCAAGGUGUCAGGAGACAGCGGAAGAAAGCUCAAAGACCACUAUGUGCCGCUGACCCCAGGCUACACAAGCAGAAGAGUAAACUCCAGAAGAUGAAGGCUGUCCAGCCCCAAGAGAUCAGUCAAAUGAAGCUCCCUCUGUCUCCUCUGCCUGUAGAAGAUGGCGAGCCUCCAGCUUAUGUGCUAAUUUCAAAGCCUGAUUUCCCACCACCACCAAUUCCUACAUCGGUAUCUUCUUCCUUUUUGCUUCAUAAAGACACAAAAGCACUUCCUUCCACUGUUAUCAAAGAUAAACCAAUGUCUACACCUGAGGUCUCAAAUUCAAAAGUCUGAAGCAUCAGUUAAGCAAAGACUGAUGGCCAAAUGCUCAAACUGGAAGGUUGGGCAGACUGGAUGGAAAAGAAUCAAACAUACUUGGUCACUACUGUGUGCUCUUGAUACCAGCAUAUCCUGAUUCCUGUAAUACUUUGAAGAGCUUAAAUAAAUUUUUUUCAAGAGAGAUAUUCUCCUAGAAAUCUUUAUGUUAAUUUAAAAUUUAUUAUCUCCAUACUUAUGAUAACUCUGAAGAGACAUCUAUGAACUUUAUAUUUCUAAUCAGCUUAUUUUUCCCAAAAUUCCCCUUUUUAUUAUGCUACUGCCUAAUUAUUUGGCUAGUUUAAACACCUUAAUUUGCUCGUGUGAUAGAAAUUAAUCCACUGUAGUGAAAGAAAAGCAAAAUAGAAAUCACAGGAAACUGGAAGGGAUGGAAGGAAAAACAAACCUUCAUUAUUGUGCAGCAAUAUCUUGAUCGUUUUAACUGUUAACUUGUCAAAAUUAAAAUCCUUAGGAGAAAAUUAUGUAAACACUCUGUCAUCUAAUGUAUCUCUUUCUUAUAUCGUCUCCUGAGAUUUUUAUUAGCUCUGUCAUUUGUUGUUUUCCACA